AUGAGCUACUCAUCGAACGACAGCGCAUACAUAACGGGAGACAGCACGGCGAAGAAGAAAUACAAGGGCGUUCGCUGCCGCAAGUGGGGGAAGUGGGUCUCAGAAAUUAGGGUCCCAGGGACUCCCGACCGUCUCUGGCUCGGCUCAUACGCCACCCCGGAGGCAGCUGCCGUUGCCCACGAUGUGGCGUCCUACUGCCUUCGUGGCAACACGUCAUCAGGAAACUUUAACUUCCCUCUCGUCCUGCCCGCCGGUGCCGCCCUUGGGAUUUCCCCCAGGUCAGUGCAGAGGGCCGCAUCGGACGCCGGCCUAGCAGUCGACGCUCGUCUGUCGGGGUCGAGGGUCGAUUCACGACAGCAAUACGAGUGUUCGGGUAUAAACAAUCGCGACCAUCUCGAUAUCUCGGUCGACGAUUAUCUCUAG